AUGGAAACAGAAAACCAAACAAAAGUUUCAGAAUUCCUUCUUAUGGGCCUCUCAGACAAUCCUGAACUUCAGCCCUUAUUCUUCGGACUUUUCUUAUCUAUGGACCUGAUCACUGUGCUUGGGAACCUGUUCAUCAUCCUGGCUGUCAGCUCUGACCCCCACCUCCACACACCCAUGUACUUUUUCCUCUCUAACCUGUCUUUUGUUGAUAUCUGUUUCAUUACCACUACUGUCCCAAAGAUGCUGGUGAACAUCCAGACACAGAGUAAAGGUAUUUCCUACAUAGGAUGUCUCACUCAGGUAUAUUUUUUCAUUAUUUUUGCUGGCCUGGACAAUUUUCUUCUGACUGUGAUGGCCUAUGAUCGGUUUGUGGCCAUAUGUCACCCCCUACAGUACACGGUCGUCAUGAAUCCCAGGUUCUGUGGCUUGUUGGUUCUGAUAUGUUGGGUCAUCAUUUUCUGGGUCUCCCUACUUCAUAUUCUAUUAAUGAAGCGACUAAAGUUCUGUAUAGGCACUGAAAUUCCACAUUUCUUUUGUGAACUGGCUCAGAUGAUCAAAGUGGCUUGCUCUGAUGCCCUCAUCAAUAAUAUCAUUUUGUAUGUGGCAACUACCCUGCUGGCUGUAUUUCCUCUCAUUGGGAUCCUCUUCUCUUAUUCUCAGAUUAUCUCUUCCUUAAUAAGAAUGACCUCUGCUGCGGGCAAGUAUAAAGCAUUUUCUACCUGUGGUUCUCACCUCUCUGUGGUCUCCUUGUUCUAUGGGACAGGCCUUGGGGUCUACCUCAGUUCUACUCUGACUCAUUCUUCCCAGAGAAGCUCUAUUGCCUCAGUGAUGUACACUGUGGUCACACCCAUGCUGAAUCCCUUCAUCUACAGUUUAAGGAACAAGGAUGUGAAGGGAGCCCUGGGAAAGCUCCUCUGUAGAGCAAUCUCUUCUCCAUGA